UCUUUCCAGUUUCCACAUCCAUCCAUCGAUCCCAUUCCAGAUCCCCCGUCUCCUCGCUGUCUCGCCCGAUGGAGAGAGCUCACCUCCUCCCUUCCAGAUCCAUCGCCGCCGCCACCUCUCUCCGGCGGAGCUCGCCGUCGUUCAUGGCCUCCCCCACGCCCUCUUCCUCUCGCCCCUUCCCUUCCCUCACCACCCAACCAAACCAACCAGUCCACCACACACCCUCACCUCGUUACCGACGCGCCGCCGCCAUCCCCCACGAAUGGUGUCGUCCCCAUGAUCUGGAUCCCCACGAACUAGCCGCUGGCGACCGCAUCCACUCCGCCGCCGGCUCCACCUCCACUCCCCUCCACUCCCCUUCCUGGCUAGAGAUCCCCUCCUCUCCAAUCCCACCCGCGCUCCACAGGCGAACCCUACACGCGCGCGCGCCAGGGGCCGCCCCGAUCUGCGAGAUGUGGCGUAGCCGCGUGUCGCGGGGCCUCCGGGAGGCAAAGGCCGCCGCCGCCGCCGCAUCUAGGCGCUUCUCCACCACCUCACCAUCCCCUCUUCCUCCUCCUGUGCCCCCAAAUCCAGCCCCACCGCCGGCGACUCCGCCCUCUACCCCGCUGCCGGCUCCCCCCACCAUCUGCUCCUCCCCUCCCCUCCUCUCCCCUCCCCUCCAGACCGACUCGACCUAGGCUGGCCGCGUCCUUCAGAUCCGUCGGCAGAGGAGGAGGAGGCGCCUCCUCCCACCGCCACAGCGCCCUCCAACCUUCUCUCCUUCCUCGCGUGUGCCCGGAACCCUAGCCAUGGCACUCGAGGAGUGCUGGUGGUGCACCGAGCGCUGCCUCGACUGGGGCGUUGGCGGCGGCCCCGACCUCAUCGUCGACGACGCCACGCUGCUCAUCCACCAUGGCGUCAAGGCCGACGAGGAGUCUGGCAAGGUCGCCGACCCAGAGUCCACCGACAACCCCGUCAUGCUCGCCAUCGUCCGCACAAGUACCGCAAGAUGGAGGAGAGGCUCGUCAGCGUCUCCGAGGAGACCACCACCGGCGUCAAGCAGAUGCAGGAGUCCGGCACUCUCCUGUUCCAUGCCAUCAACGUCACCAAGAGCAAGGUUGCUUUGAUGUAUACAAGCUGCUGCUGCUCCAGUGCUACUGUUAUGUGUGUGAUGCUCCAGCUCCAUGCAAGCACUGGGGCAAAGGGCUCUGUCAAGCAGGUCCCUGGUAAGCGUCUCGUUUCCGCUCUGUCCCCAUCCGCCUUUGUCUGUUUGUUCAAACUGGUGGUGCUGCGAGAUGAGUUUGCUUGUGGAUUCUUGUUUUGGUAGUAGUUUGCUUUGCUAUGAGUAAAAUGCUCGUACUUUGCUUGCCAUGUCUGGUUCUUGUCUUGGUAGUAGUUUUCUUCGCUUAUCCAGUAGUAUCAGUCAAUCGGCCAGCCUGGAGCAGCUUGCUGUUGUACAUGAUGGUGUUAACUGUGAAAAUGCCAAGUGUGAGAAAAUUAGACCAGUUGUCCAUUUCUUGCCUGAAUGCAUUCUUUAAAUGACAUGAUGUGCUAGAGACAUGCUACUUACUAUAAACAAGAUGGUGUUUACUGUAUUGUCUUUCAUGCACAGUUGGUGUAUUAUCUUCUGACCUGCUGGUGUCAUAUCUACUGUACACAUAGAAGGUGAACUAUCUUCAAGAACUAUCUUCACUAUUUCUCCCUGCUGCAUUGCCUCACCCGUUCUCCUUCUAUCUUAGUCUUGAUAUAACUCUGCAGUUUACUUGAAUCUGCAGUUACUUUCAAAAGUAUAUGCAAAGUGUGUGGGUGUGUGUAUCCAGUGAGCAAAUCUGUAGUAAUUACUGAGUAUAUAUCUGCUUUCUUUUAGUGGAUAUUUUCUCCUCAGUUCUCUUUUGACAUGUAGUUUGUUCUCUUUGAAUGUGCAGGUAGUAUACUGUGCUGGUGAUGUUUUUUCGUUGCUGGGAUCAUUUGAACCUGGAUGUCAUGUGUUAUGUGAUCUGAGCCAUAUGGCAUAUUGUAAAAAAAUUAUGUAUGAUGUUUUUUCGUUGCUGAGAUCAUGUGAAGAUGUACUUUUGAAAUGCUGCUUUGACAACAAACUUGUAUUCCUGUGUAUAUCCUGCUUUGACAGCAAAAUUAUGAAAAUUUCUCAACAAUAUAUAUUGGUUAAAUAUUUGUUUUC